AUGUGGCUGGAGGUGGGGGGCCUACUACGGGGGACCUGUGGACAGUGGGGCCGGACUACUGGUCUGCCUUGUGGGGCCCUGGGGCCUGGGCCGCUCUGCUGGGGGCCAUGUGGGGGUCCUUGGACCCAAAAGCUUCACCAGGAUGGGCCUGGCAGGGGCCUGGGUGAGGAGGACAUUCGCAAGGCACGGGAGGCCCGGAUCAGGAAGACAGCCCGGCCCCAGCUGAGUGACCGUUCUCGAGAGCGCAAGGUGCCCACCUCCCGCGUCAGCCGCUUGGCCAACUUUGGGGGACUGGCUGUGCGCUUGGGGCUGGGAGCACUAGCUGAGGUGGCCAAGAAGUCCCUGCCCGGAGGACGUGUACAAUCAGACAACAGCUUCAUCAGCCCCCAGCUGCAGCGCAUCUUUGAGCGGGUUCGCCAGAGCGCCGACUUCAUGCCCCGCUGGCAGAUGCUGAGAGUUCUGGAAGAGGAGCUCGGCAGGGACUGGCAGGCCAAAGUGGCCUCUUUGGAGGAGGUGCCCUUUGCUGCUGCCUCAAUCGGGCAGGUGCACCAGGGCGUGCUGAGGGAUGGGACAGAGGUGGCCGUGAAGAUCCAGUACCCAGGCGUUGCCCAAAGCAUCCAGAGCGACAUCCAGAACCUGCUGGCGGUGCUCAAGAGGAGCGUGGCCGUGCCGGAGGGCCUGUUUGCAGAGCAGAGCCUGCAGGCCUUGCAGCAGGAGCUGGCUUUGGAAUGUGACUACCGUCGUGAAGCGGCUUGUGCCCAGAACUUCAGGCAGCUGUUGGCAGACGACCCCUUCUUUCGGGUGCCAGCCGUUAUUCAGGAGCUGUGCACGACGCGGGUGCUGGGCAUGGAGCUGGCUGGAGGCGUCCCGCUGGACCAGUGCCAGGGCUUGAGCCAGGACAUCCGGAACCAGAUCUGCUUCCAGCUCCUGAGGCUUUGUCUUCGGGAGCUGUUUGAGUUCCGAUUCAUGCAGACGGACCCCAACUGGGCCAACUUCCUGUAUGAUGCCUCCAGCCACCAGGUGAUCUUGCUGGACUUUGGUGCAAGCCGGGAAUUUGGGACUGAAUUCACAGACCAUUAUAUCGAGGUGGUGAUGGCUGCAGCCAACGGAGAUAGAGACCGGGUCCUGCAGAAAUCACGAGACCUCAAAUUUCUCACAGGCUUUGAGACGAAGGCAUUCUCGGAUGCCCACGUGGAGGCCGUGAUGAUCCUGGGGGAGCCUUUCGCCACCCAGGGCCCCUACGACUUUGGAGCGGGUGAUACUGCCCGCCGUGUGCAGGACCUCAUCCCUGUGCUGCUGCAGCACCGGCUUCGCCCACCGCCUGAAGAGACCUAUGCCCUGCACAGAAAGCUGGCAGGGGCUUUCCUGGCCUGUGCCCGCCUCCAUGCCCACAUCGCCUGCCGGGACCUCUUCCAGGACACCUACCACCGCUACUGGGCCAGUCGCCAGGCAUAGCCACUGCCCGAAGCCUCCUAACCAGAGGGAUGUCUGCUCCGACCCCUCAGAGACUCCAUCUCGGGAUUCCAGCCCCAUAGCAGGCCAUCCCCUGCUCUGAGGCCUCCUUUCCUCUCUGCUGCAGGUCUGGGGACCCACCUUGGGCUU